CUGUGACUAUAUAAAUAAUGACUAAUACUAGAGGAAUGCUAUAAACACAGUAAUUCUGAGUUGUUUCAAGGUUUGCAAAUGACUCAACAGCACCAACCUUGAGCCAUUUGAAAAUGUACAAAGUAUGUUUCCUGGUGGAUUAGUAAGGGCAUUCAUAUAUACAGGGUUGAGCUCUUUCUGUAACUUUCCUCAUCUAUGCUGAAUAAAUGCAUUUUUAAAAACCCUUUAGGUACUGAAACUAGCUACCAUUUGGCUGUUCAAUUGCCUAUGAGAAUUGAGUCGAUCUUAGUUCUGUCCCUGAAGGUAUUUGUUAGCAGUUUUACGGUUUUUCUAUACUAAAAAAUUGCAUCGAUUUCAUUAGAUCAGUUUAAAAUUCUAAAUAAACCGAUACAAACACCUAAUGGAGUUGCACUUAAACUAGUUUAAUCCUCACUUUAAAUCACUUCUGCUAAACUUGUUAAAUUACUGACUUAAAUUAAAUCAGUAGAAACAUGUAUAUGGUCAAACAGAUGUGCUAAUUUAGUAUAGAUAAGGCCUGAACGACACUGAGACUGAACUGUCAUCUCACCCUCACAAAUGGUCCUUCUAAGCUGAGAUGCAAUGACAUUUAAAAAAAAUUGGAGGUGGGGGUCAGGAGUGAGAAUUGAGUGCUACUGCACUGAGAGAUAUCCCAACAGAAUAGUAAAAUAAUAAUAAUUAUCUCUAGAACUGGUGCAAACAUCCUGCACACUCUCACCCAUAUACUUCAGACCUCGUAUUUGAGGGCAGCCUCAAAAAGGGAUCAGUCUGAAGAGUUCCUAGCCUCUGAAACAGCAAACACCUUUGUGGGUAAUGGUAUUUUGAACUUGGAGGAUCCUUGCCACCAGAACCCUCAGUUUGGUUCCAAUUCCAGCAAAGAACAAAAACCUGUAAUUUCUAGUUGCUUAAGAAAUAUGUAAGCCAAAAUAGUAGGCGAGUAAAGCUUGUGGAGACACAGAGAAAACUAACGUGUUGAUGAUUUGUCCAUUCUGGCUGACAGCAAAGAGGAAUUGGUAAAUAUGGUAUCAGAAUGGACAUCUGUUUGAAGAUCAUGAUUUGAAGGUGAACCCAAAGAAAACUGAAGUGCCUAUGCAUGUAGGCAGAUGGAAGAAGAGAAGCAGUUGACUGAAGUUUCAGGAGAGAAGCUGAAUCAGAAGAAUUUGUGUACUUGAGAACUACACAGUGCCAUCCUGAAGAGAUCUUGAAAACUGAAAAGAACCCACUGUGCCUGGGUGACCGUGAAAAAGGUGGUAGGAGUAUUGUGGAACCAGCAAUUAAGGAACAAACUGAAGGCAAAAUUGUAUCUUGUGUGUGUUUAUCCCUGCCUGCUGUAUGGUUUGGAAACAGUAGGUCUUAUGGAGAUGGGGGAGUGGGGGGGGAGAAGACACUGGUAGUAGAAAAUAAUAUACUGAGGAGAAUGACAGGCAAGCAGAGCGUAGACAGUGUACAUGGAAGAAAUUAGGGGCAAGAUGAACUUGGGACUCCUAGCAAUAGGCUGGACAUAUGAUAAGAAUGGGAGAAGAACAACCAUUAAAGAAAGCAUGGGAGGAAGAGGACAGCAAGAAAGGAUAUAUUAGACUGAGGAUACAAUAAGAGACUUUAAGGGAAAUUUGAAGAGAAAAGACUGGAACUCCAAGACAGAACACAGGGGUUUGGAAGGAGUGACCCAGAGUCGUGGGCACGGAUGACCCUGUGUAAACGGGAACAGGAAUCAUGAAGUGUAAGAAAUAUAUAAACAGAACUCCUGUGUUACUGCUGGAAAAUCCUUCUCUGUUUUCUUCUAUAAAAUCAAAACCUGUUUAAAUAACAGCAAGCCACAGUCCCCGUUAAUGAGAUUCUGGACUAAUAAACUGGCUAUCAUCCUAGGAGUUUAUUAACCUAGAAUAUGGGCUUUGCAUUCUUGUCAGGAAGAUGUUACCGUUGCACUGCAGCUUUAAACAUUUUUAAAUGAAAGUUGAGCAAUAACAAGCAAAAUGGGCUGUCAAAAUGCAGAGACGAUAAUUGGUUUUAAAAAAAACAAAACCUGAAAUCUCUCUACCUUUCCUGGUUCUCUCCACCCUUAUUCCCCCUCCUCUGAUGCCUACAUGUCAAUAAGGCUCUUGUCUUGAAGAUAACAGUAUGUUUUCAAGUUUAAUUGUGUUCGUCUCAAAAUAAACAAAAAAAAUAGUUAGGAAGUUGGAGCUCUAUUGUCCAGUGGAGAGGGACAAGAGGAAGGAGGAAAACGAGAUUAAAAAAAAAUACUUGUUUAAAAUAUUUAAAUAGAUUCAUUCUUGGCAGUUUGAUAGCCAAGAGUGUGUCCAUUAUGUGGGUGGGGCAGGGUGGAGAGUGUGCAUCUUCAGCAGAAGUGAGUGAAAAGCUGAGGUGGUGGUAUUUGUAGCUUGCUUAUGGCCUAAAAAAUUGACUAGAAAAAUAUCACUCAAUUCAGGAACUUGGACAAAUCACUGUAAGGUUAUACUGAAAUAACCCUGCACUCUGUGCGUCUCAGACUCUGUUACAGGGAUUUGCGUACAGUACUUUUAUGGAAAAAUACCUGUAUAGUAAUUAUGCAGAUGAGACACCCAGAGUCAGAGCUGCAUAAUGGAGAAGAGGCAGUGAUGUCUGUUACUGUACAGGGUCUCUGCACUCUUGACUGGUUGUGACCACUCUAUUUCAGUUAGCAGAACACAGCGAUAUGAGGGAGUGAGCGCUCAUGUUAGAGGAGUAACCUGAAGAUGUACACUGUUAAUUUGAUUCUAAGUACCUCUUUCUGCCUCCCAGUUUUAGCUCACGAUCUAAACAAAGAGCAUCCUCAAGUUAACAUUAAAACCACCUGAUAAGCUGGAAUGAGCAGGAAUGGAUAUUCUAUAAUCCCCUCGAGUCAAAAGGCUUCUAGCCAUUUUAAAUUUUGGUAACUUUAAAAUGAAAAUAUUUGUGCAAAAGUUUUAUCACCAAUCUCAUUUUAAAGCCACUGUUGCACAAUACUCAUUCAGAAAGGACAGAUCACAGCCUAGCAUAUAGCAUCUUUCAGUGCAGUUUCAUGGAAAGACUAAAUAUAGUUGCUCUGGUUUUUCUGUUAAUUAAAAAAAAACCCAUUAAUUCCAAGAGCUUAUGUAUCUUUAGAACCAAAAUAAGGGUAAAAUGUUCUCUUCAGAAGGUAGCUACUUACAGAUGCUGCUACUGUACCUUAAACAGAAAGCUCUAUCGCAAAACCCAAGUAUUAGGCUGUGGUUCCUUGUGAAAUAGUCAUUCUUAUGGCUGAUUCCAUGAUUUGUGUGGUAGAUAUCAGUUUCUGGGACUAUGGGAUAUGUGUAGAGGAGCUGUAUUAAGUGCUGCUGUUUUGGGAUGGCUAUAAAUAUAAACACACUGUAGGAAUAGCUGUUCUUGGGACAGGUUUUAUUGACACAAUAACUUCCCUAUAAAUCUUGCUAAUGCUGUCUACGGUGAUGACAAACUGCCAGUAUGGUACUUGUACCUAAGCUACAUUCUUGACUUUCUGCCAUUUACUCUCUUCUGUCAUCUGCUACUGCAUCAAUGUGCUUUUCCACUUCAUUGAGUUGAAAUAUGCCAUGGUAGUGAUUGUACACUAUCAGUUUGGUUUACUUGGUCUGAGUUUCUCUUGCCUAUUUGCAUCUUUUCUGGUAGCUUCAAUUUUAUGUAGUGUACAUUUAAUCACAAAGGUCCUCAUCCUGCAACUGGAUCUGUGUGGAUUGGUAGUGUAAGAAUCCACCUGUGUCCAUCCAACCUGAGAAUUGGGGCCCAAGUCAGACCUGCUAAUCUGCCAAGAAAGGUCAGGUUUUUUGUAAGGUGGUGAUGUUUAGCACUGCAGAAUCAUUCAAAAGUUUAAUUAGCAAUUCAGUUCUACAGCAUAGAUUCAGUAUUUUGGGGUUCAUAAUGGUAUACUCUAGGGGGUUGCAUUUAUUUUCCUUUCAUGUGUAACCCUCAACAUGAUGAUCUCCCCCACACUCAACCAUCAUGAUGGAGGGUAGGCCAAAUUUGAGUGAGUUGCACUGCAACCCCAUGAGCCAGGUCACAACUCCGCUCAUACAAAGUUGGUCCAGUCAGGGGGGCGGACCUGCGGUGCAACCCUGGAGGUUCCAAUGCCUGGACUGGAGAGCCAAGCCCAGCCAGCCUCACAGAACAGGAGCUGCUACUAUGAGAUGGGAAAACACUACCUGAAAUUAGCAGAAGAACAGGAUGAAGAACUCAACAAUUGUAGUGCUGUUGACUGGUUGAUUCUUGCUGCUAAGCAGGGUCGAAGGGAAGCUGUCAAACUGUUGCGGAGAUGCUUAGCAGACAGAAGAGGCAUCACUUCUGAGAAUGAGCAAGAAGUGAAGAAAUUAUCAUCUGAGACUGAUCUGGAGAGAGCUGUGAGAAAAGCUGCCUUAGUUAUGUAUUGGAAAUUAAAUCCAAAGAAGAAGAAGCAGUUAGCAGUUUCUGAACUGCUGGAGAAUGUUGGGCAAGUUGACAAUGAAGCAGAUGGUGAAAAACAACCUGGCCCAGUUCCAAAGUCUGUACAGAAGCAAAGAAGAAUGCUGGAACGAUUAGUAAGCAGUGAAUCUAAGAACUAUAUUGCUUUGGAUGAUUUUGUUGAAAUAACCAAGAAGUAUGCAAAGGGAAUCAUCCCAACUAACCUGUUUGUGCAGGAGGAUGAUGAUGAUGAAUUGGCUGGAAAGAGUCCCGAGGAACUACCACUGCGACUAAAGGUUGUAAAAUAUCCACUUCAUGCCAUUAUGGAAAUUAAAGAGUACCUUAUAGAUAUUGCAUCUAAGGCAGGAAUGCAUUGGCUGUCUACUAUUAUUCCAACACACCACAUCAAUGCCCUCAUCUUCUUCUUCAUCAUCAGUAAUCUGACAAUCGAUUUUUUUGCCUUCUUUAUCCCAUUAGUCAUCUUCUAUCUGUCCUUCAUUUCCAUGGUGAUUUGCACACUGAAAGUCUUUCAAGACAGUAAGGCCUGGGAAAACUUUCGCACCCUGACUGACUUAUUGCUUCGUUUCGAGCCAAAUCUAGAUGUUGAGCAAGCAGAAGUGAACUUUGGGUGGAAUCAUUUAGAGCCAUACGUUUACUUUUUGCUCUCCGUUUUCUUUGUCAUUUUUUCCUUCCCUAUAGCAAGCAAAGACUUCAUACCAUGCUCAGAGUUGGCUACCAUCUCUGUUUUUUUCACAGUCACAAGUUAUAUGAGUUUAAGCACUUGUGCAGAACCCUACACACGAAGAGCUUUAAUGACUGAGGUGGCUGCUGGCUCCCUCUCUCUAUUGCAGAUACUACCUAUAAAUUUGGGCUAUUUCAAAUUCUUAGGUAAAACCUUCUUUACUUUUCCUAUAGGCCACUUCUUCAUACUAAAUGUGAGCAUCCCAUGCCUUCUGUUCCUGUACUUGUUCUAUCUCUUUUUUAGAAUGGCACAACUGCGGAAUUUUAAAGGCACCUACUGUUACCUGGUUCCCUACCUGGUGUGUUUCAUGUGGUGUGAACUCUCAGUGGUUAUUCUGCAAGAGUCCUCCUGCAUUGGUCUCAUUCGUGCAUCAGUUGGCUAUUUUCUGUUUCUCUUUGCACUCCCAGUUCUAAUCAUAGGCAUUGCACUCAUGUGUCUUGUGCAUUUCAUAAAGUGGUUCAUAUCUUUGGAGCUCAUGAAGAUUGUGGUGACUCUUGUGUUGUGUGGUAUUCCUUUGUUUUUACGAUGGUGGACAAAAACUAACUUCUCCAUGGUUGAAAUGAUAAAAUCCCUAACCAGGAGUUCUAUUGUGAAACUCAUUUUGGUGUGGAUUACAGCUGUAGUGUUGUUCUGUUGGUUCUAUGUGUACCGAUCAGAGGGAAUGAAAGUCUACAACUCUACCUUGACAUGGAAUCAGUAUGGCUUCGUCUGUGGACCCCGGUCAUGGAAGGAGACUAACAUGGCACGCACCCAAAUUAUAUGUAGUCAUCUGGAAGGACACAGAGUUACAUGGACUGGGCGGUUCAAAUAUGUCAGGGUUACAGAAAUUGACAAUAGUGCAGAAUCUGCAAUAAACAUGCUUCCGCUUUUUAUUGGUGAUUGGAUUAGAUGUUUGUAUGGUGAAACCUACCCUGUGUGUGACCCAAAAAAUGUUACCAUGGAGGAGGAGGAACUGUGUCGUCUCAAGUAUCUGACAAAGUAUGACUGUCACAUGAAAAAGUUUGAUCGAUACAAAUUCGAAUUAACUGUGGGCAUGCCUUUCAAUGGCAAAAAUGGAACUAAAGCUGUAGAGGAGGAGGAUAUAACCAAAGAUAUUGUGCUGAAGGCAAGCAACGAGUUUAAGAAAGUGUUGUUGAACUUAAGGCAAGGAAGUAUAAUUGAAUUCAGCACAAUUCUGGAGGGUCGUCUUGGCAGCAAGUGGCCUGUCUUUGAACUGAAAGCAAUCACUUGCUUAAAUUGCAUGUCUAAACUUACACCCGCAGGAAGGCAUGUGAAAAUAGAGCAUGACUGGAGAAGCACAGUGCAAAAAGCCAUUAAAUUUGCUUUCGAUUUUUUCUUUUCUCCAUUCCUGUCAGUUGCAUAUUGAGCUCAUAUACCGGUUCAAUGGUAUCUUCAAUGUAUACUGCAUUAACACUACCAAAGGUUUGGCUUCUUAACAAAACUUGCUGUAGCAAUGUUCAAAAUGUAUGCUAUUCCAGAGUAUUGGUUGAGUUUUGUACGUGUAAACACUGUACCCAGUCCUUGUAUCCCGUAGGAUUGAGGUUAUAAAUUCUAUUUAAGUAUUACUAUAAAUUAAUGCACAGAAUUGCUGCAGAGUAGAUGCAUGAACUGUUUUUAUCCAAAAUGAACUCUUUCUGUGGUACAGUACUAGGGUAUAUUCAUCUGCUUGACAUUAAAAGCACUUUACUCGUGAAAUAUUCACGGCAUUGCCCUUAUGUACUUUCACAUGUAGAAUGGAUAUCUUGUAAGCAACCUAAGAUGUAAUGUUUCUUGUAUUUAUUCAGUGGUUUCUAGAGAAGUAUUAAUUGUACAACUAGAUUGAAUCUGGUGCCGUGUGAUUGGGGUGUAUAGAACUGAACUUCUUUGCUAUUUAUUAGAUUUUAUUUGAAUGGGUCUUUUGGUGGUGGACACCACUUCACACACCAGCAAGGUUGCAACAAGAGCUCUAGUUUCCAUUUCACUUUUAUUAAGUAUUCUUCUUAAAAUGAACAUGCUAUUCACUGUAACUGGUUAUGAUAGCUACAUAUGAGACUAUCAGUUAUAAUUCAUGAUAGCAUGUGAAUGCUAGGCACCAGUUAGUAAGACUGGUAUUGUGGCGGUACUAGUAAUAGGCAAGCCAAAUCAAUUGAAAAGCACUGUAUAAAAAAAUCUACAAUGGAGAUGAAAUAAAAUGUCUGGUUAAUAUGUAUUGUGCAAAUAUAUGUAAAUAUAAACAUGAAUUAAAAUGGGAUUCUACACUCA